AUGCCUCGGCGCCGAAAAAAUAAGCUCCGCAUCCAUGAGAAACACCACAGCACAAUGGAGAACAAGCAAAGUUCCUCCAAGACCCUGCCUCUCACUGUGCAGCCUCCAAGAGACUCUCUAACCAAGAUGACCGGUAUGUUGGUGCAGUUCCUGAUGCAGAUGUACGAAAUGAGAAAGCCUAUUAGGGAAGCAGAUAUGCUCAAGAUUGUCCCUGAAAAGUACAAAAAUCGCUUCCUUGAGAUCCUCAGAAGAGCAUCUUUCAGCAUGGAGGUGGUAUUUGGUGUUGACUUAAAGGUGGUUGAUGCUACGAAGCAUGCCUAUGACAUUGUCAGCAAAAUGGAUCUCCCCAACAAUGGGAGGGUGAGCCGUGGCAGGGGAUUUCCCAAGACCGGUCUCCUGAUGAAUAUCCUGGGUGUCAUCUUCCUGAAAGGCAACUGUGCCACUGAGCAGAACAUUUGGGAAUUCCUAAAUAAAAUGAGAGUAUAUGCUGGAAAGAGGCACUUCUUAUUUGGCGAGCCCAGGAAGCUCAUUACCCAAGAUUUCGUGAAGCUGAAGUACCUGGAGUACCGCCAGGUGCCCAGCAGCAAUCCUCCAUGCUACGAGUUCCUGUGGGGCCCAAGAGCCUAUGCGGAGACGAGCAAACUCAAAGUCCUGCAGUUUUUGGCCACGAUUAAUCGAACCAUCCCCAGCGCCUUCCCACCCUGGUACUUAGAGGCUGUGCAAGAUGAGCAAGAAAGAGCCCAAGCCACAAUUCCACUAAAGGCUGACGCCAACGCCAUGGCAGUGAAUGAUUCCAGGUCAUGUCUCACAGCUCCUCCCACACCUGGUGAAAUAGAAGCAGAUUCUUCAUGUUGUGGUUGA